AUGAACAAGAUAUUCAUCUUACUCGUCGCCCUUUUUGGGCUUACUGUAGCCAUGAGGGAUCAGUCAAUUGCUGUUAAAGGACGUCUUCUUUGUGGAAAUGGUCCAGCAGCAAAUGUUCGUGUGAAGCUGUGGGAAGAGGAUACCGGACCAGACCCAGAUGAUCUUCUCGAUCAGGGAUACACUGACGCUAAUGGAAACUUCCAACUUCAAGGAGGCACUGCCGAAUUGACACCAAUCGAUCCAGUCUUCAAAGUGUAUCACAAGUGCGACGACUCAAAACUCAAGCCAGGAGCACGCAAAGUGAAAUUCGCUCUUCCGAAAAGCUACAUCACCAGCGGAAAAGUGGCCAAGAAAACGUUUGACAUCGGAGUGCUCAACCUCGAAACAGUUUUCGCCAAAGAAGAGCGUGAACUUCUCGUCUCCAGACGCCGUCGUGGGGGAUUCAACGCCGACUAUAUGGAUCCAGAUGCAUCUCAAGAAGACAAGAAGGAAGAGAAGAAGGUUGUGAAGAUCGAGAAAGAAGAAGAGAGCGCCGAGUCGAAUGAAUCUGAGGAUUCGAAGAAAACUGUUGAAGUCUAG